CGGUUUCAGCCAAGCAGUGCUUACCGUGCCCACCCAAAUAUUAGUCACGAAACUUGAUCUUAGUAUGUGGCAGGCCGUCCCCUUAAUCAAAACGUUUGGAGGCUGAAGCUGCAGGCGCGGAGACCAUCACUCUUGCCCGCAUCCUGCGUUCCUGCUAGCUAUGGCGGAGGAGGUGGCUCGUUCGAGGCAGUAUGCGUACCAGCAGAACUCCAAUUUGGUGUUGCAGGCGGACAGUGAGUCGCGUAGACGCCCCGAUGAGCCCACGGGCGAGGUAGAAUCGUUGGCCGGCAAGAUCACCUACCGAAUGGGCGACCGCGCGCAGAAGGCCACACCACAAAGCAGCCGCAAGCGCCACGGAGGUGACAAGGACGCGGAAUCGAAGCAUAAAAAGAAGAAGCGGCGCGGAGACGCGGACGACGCAGGAGAGGGCGUGCUCUUCACGGCGACAGGCGGACUGGCCGCCGCCAAGAGUAAUAUUCUUAAAGAAAGCUCAGCCUUUGAGUCGGCCGCCUACAGACCCAAGAACCCUGCGAGCCAGGAAGCCUACGAACAGAUCUUGGGCGUCGUGGCCCAGCAACUUGGAGCCCAGCCAGGCGAGAUCUUGGCCGGCGCAGCGGAAGAAGUACUGGCGAUCAUAAAGAACGAUAACUAUAGGGACGACGAGAAGCACAAGGAGGUGCAGAAGCUACUGAAGACCAUCCCGACACACACUUUCAGUCAAUUGGUGGCUGCAGGAAAGAGGAUCACGGACUUUUUCCCGGAGAGCGGCGAGAAGAAGGCAGGAGAGGAGGAUGGAGAGGACGCCGCAGCCGUGGAGAGCGAUGAAGAAGUGGACAAGGAGAUGGGAGUUGCUGUAGUCUUUGACGAGGAAGAUGAAGAGGAAGAGUCCGAUCUGGACGAAGUGAGAGACGAGGAGGAGGACGACGAAGAGGAGGAGGCUACUGCUACAGGACGGGAAGCCAUGAAGAUGAAGGACGGAUACGACGAUGAAGAUGACGGAGACUCGAAGUACAGACUGGACGUGCAUGCUAUCGAUGCAUUCUGGCUCCAGCGCGAGCUGUCCAAGUUCUACAAGGACGCUGAGAUUAGUGCCAAGCUGGCGGAAGAUGUGCUGAAUAUCCUCAAGGAAGCGGGCAGCGAUCUCAGUGCUUGUGAAAACAGACUGGUGCUGCUCCUGGACUACGAUAAAUUCGACUUUAUUAAGCUGCUGCUGGAAAACAGAGCGAAGGUGCUCUACUGCACGAGAUUGAAACAAGCUCAGAACGAUGAAGAGAGGCGCAGCAUUGAAGAGGAGAUGGUCGCGGACGAGACGCUGAAUGACGGCGAAGGAAGGACUAUCCUGGAGCAGCUGCGUACGACAGCGUCGGCGGACUCGUGGAUGCAGGAUCGUAUCGGCGCUAUGGAGACUACGUCUCGUGCCGAAGCCAACAAGUUGCGUAAGUUGCAGCAGAAGUCUGGCGGGCAGCGCGCACAGGCUCGUGGCGAUGAGUCAGACGAUGAUGUUGACAUGGAGGACGUUAGUAGAGAUGCUGUGAAGAAAGAAGGAGAAGGUGUGCCAAAGAAGAAGCCGCAGCAUUACGUGGAUGUAGAGUCGCUCGCCUUCCAGGAGGGUGGCCACCUGAUGAGCAAUCGCGAAUGUCGCCUCCCAGAAGGCACGUGGCGUGCGCAGAAGAAGGGCUAUGAAGAAGUUCACGUUCCUGCUGUUCGCACGAAGAUAGCUGCGGCUGAAGAGAAGGCGCGCAUCAAGAUCUCCACGCUUCCUAAGUGGGCGCAGGGCGCGUUCAAGGGCAUGGGGUCACUGAACCGCGUGCAAUCUAAGAUGUUCCCCGCGGCUUUCAAAACGAGCGAGAACUUGCUUCUGUGUGCUCCUACUGGUGCUGGUAAGACGAACGUUGCCAUGCUGACGAUUCUGCAUGAAGUCAUGAAGGCUCGUGAUCCGGAGACGGGAGAAAUCGAUCUGAACUCGUUUAAGAUUGUGUAUGUGGCUCCGAUGAAAGCGCUGGUGCAAGAAGUGGUGCUAAAUCUCUCCGCCAGACUGUCUAGCGCCUACGGCAUCCAAGUGCGAGAGCUGUCGGGUGACCAGAAUCUAUCUCGAGAGCAGUUGUUCAACACACAGAUCAUUGUCACAACACCUGAGAAGUGGGAUAUCAUCACACGAAAGUCCGGGGACGACCGGACGUACACUCAGCUCGUGCGCCUGGUGAUUAUUGAUGAAAUCCACUUGCUUCACGACACUCGUGGUCCCGUGCUGGAAGCCCUGGUGGCGCGUACGAUCCGAAAUGUGGAAGCCACGCAGCAGAUGGUGCGUCUCGUGGGUCUUUCGGCUACGCUGCCAAACUAUGAGGACGUCGCAGCGUUCCUUCGCGUAGACCCCGCUCAGGGAUUGUUCUACUUUGAUUCCAGUUACCGUCCUGUACCGCUGCAGCAGCAAUACAUUGGCAUAAUGGAGAAGAAGGCAGUCAAGCGCUUCGCGUUGAUGAACGAAAUUUGCUACGAAAAGGUGAUGGAGCAGGCAGAGCUGGACAACCAAGUGCUUAUAUUCGUGCAUUCUCGAAAGGAAACUUCGUCGACAGCUCAGGCGUUACGGGACUUGUUUGUAGAGAACGACACUCUUGCCCGUCUAAUCAAACCGAAUUCGGCGUCCAGCGAAGUGCUUUUACAGGAAGCGGAAAAGAUUGAGCGAAAUGACGAUCUCAAGGACCUUCUGCCGUAUGGUUUCGGCAUCCACCACGCCGGUAUGAAGCGCCAGGACCGUACACUAGUGGAAAAUGCGUUUGCUGAUGGUCAUUUGAAGGUGUUGGUCAGUACGUCGACGCUGGCAUGGGGUGUCAAUCUGCCGGCACACACGGUGAUUAUCAAGGGCACGCAGAUCUACAACGCUGAAAAGGGUGACUGGUGUGAGCUGAGUCCGUUGGAUAUCUUGCAGAUGCUGGGUCGUGCCGGUCGUGUACAGUUCGACACGCAGGGUGAAGGCAUCAUUAUUACGCAGCACUCACAGUUGACCUACUACUUGUCGUUGAUGAAUCAGCAGCUCCCGGUUGAAUCUCAACUGAUGAGUAGACUGGCGGACAACCUGAAUGCUGAAAUUGUGGUGGGUAGUGUGCAGAAUGUGGCGCAAGCAGCGACGUGGCUGGGCUAUACGUAUUUAUUCAUUCGCAUGCUGCGUAACCCGACGCUCUACGGCAUCUCCAUCGCUGACCGCAAGGCCGAUCCGACGCUGUUACAAUACCGUACAGAUCUAGUGCACUCGGCUGCUACAUUGCUCGCGAAACACAACUUGAUCAAGUACGAGAGACGCUCCGGACUGUUCCAGGUGACGGCUCUAGGUCGUGUGGCCAGUCAUUACUACAUUGCGCACGACUCGAUCAGUACGUACAACGAGUAUCUGAAGCCUCACAUGUCCGAUAUCGAGAUUUUGCGGCUCUUUUCACUUUCGAAUGAGUUCAAGUAUGUGAUUGUCCGAUCAGAGGAAAAACUGGAGCUGGUCAAGCUGUUGGAACGUGUGCCAGUGCCCGUGAAGGAGUCUUUGGUGUCCACGGCACCUGGCAGUGUUGCUGCUGGCAGUGGCUCAGCGAAGGUGAACGUUUUGCUGCAAGCUUACAUCUCGCGACUGAAGCUGGAUGGUUUUGCUCUCUUGGCAGAUAUGGCGCACAUUCACCAAUCGGCAGCCCGUAUUUUCCGAGCUCUGUUUGAGAUUUGCUUGACUCGAGGCUGGGCCUCGCUGGCGGAGCGAAUGCUCAGCUUCUGCAAGAUGGUGGACAAGCGCAUGUGGCUCUCACACUCUCCUCUUCGUCAGUUUGCGCCAGGUAUCUCAGAGACCAUCCUCAAGCGAAUUGAGAAGAAGGACAUUUCGUGGGAAAAGUACAAUGAUCUGGAGCCUGCCGAUCUGGGCCAGCUCAUUAACAACCCGCAGUAUGGCAAGCAGCUCUACAAGAUGAUUCAUCAGUUUCCGAAGCUCGAGCUCUCGGCUCAUGUUCAGCCGAUUACUCGUUCUAUGCUGAAGGUGGACCUGGUUGUGACACCUGAUUUCGAAUUCACACGUGAUGUUCACGGCAACGCUGAGGGGUUUUGGGUGUUUGUAGAGGACGUGGACGGCGAGACGAUUCUUCAUCACGAAUGGCUGCUGAUCAAGCGCCGCUUUGCCUCGCAAGAAACGUACCUGAGCUUCACGAUGCCGUUGUUCGAGCCCUUGGCACCUCUGUACUACAUCAAGGUUAUCUCGGACAAGUGGAUUCAUUGUGAGAGCUCGCUGCCAGUGUCGUUCCACAAACUUAUCCUGCCGCAGAAGAAUGCGCCUCCGACUGAGCUGCUGGAUCUUCAGCCACUUUUCGUUAACAACAUUCUCUUGAAACUUGUCGGUGGCAAGAAGAAGACUGCUGAAUCGGUGCUCAAAUCGUUAUCGAACGCUCGAGAAGUACCGAACCCGUGGCGAUUUAAACGCUUCAACCCCAUCCAGACGCAAGUUCUGCCGCGCGUGCUUGAGUCAGAGAGCAACCUGUUCAUUGGAUCACCCCCUGGAAGUGGCAAGGGCGUGCUAGCAGAGCUUGCUAUCAUGAAGACUUUGCUUUCUUUGGGCCAACCUGACCCCAAGAGCGACGAGUUUGGCGAGCACUUGAUCGUGUAUUUGACUCCUAAGGAGUCGAGUUGCCAUCAGAAGUACGGUGACUGGAAUGCAAAGUUUGGCGAAGAAAGCUUCUGGCGGCAAAAUGUUGUGGAGCUUACUGGCGAUUCUACGGCAGAUUUGCGUUUGUUGGCCAGUGCGAACAUCUUAAUUGCGACUCCGACCCAGUGGGACGUACUUUCCCGACGCUGGAAGCAGCGGAAGCGUAUCCAGAACGUCAGUUUGUUGCUUUUGGAUGAGGCGCAUUUCGUGGGUGGCGGCGAGUACGGCCCCACGAUUGAGGUCGUGAUGUCUCGGAUGCGAUUCAUCGCUGCUGACAUGGAGAAGAAGAAGAAAGCAGCUGGUGAGCGUGGCGGGCGAAUGCGCAUCUUGGCUAUGAGCAACUCGAUUGCGAACGCUCGCGAUGUAGGCGAGUGGCUCGGUGCCAGUGCAUCGGAAGGCAUUUUCAACUUCCACCCGAAUGUUCGUCCUCAACCCCUGGAGAUCCGCGUGCAAGGUUUUGAAAUUAACGACUUCUCGUCUCGUAUGCUGGCGAUGGCGAAACCUUUGUACAAUACGAUCGCGAACCAAGCAGAGAAGAAACCUGCUGUGGUGUUCGUGCCUUCAGCCAAGCAGGCACAACUCAGCGCGAUUGACUUGAUCACCUUUGCAUUGGCUGAGAAUGAUCCGCAGAAGUUUGUCUCCCACUCUGCCAAGGAUAAGGUGGAAUUACCGCUGGAUGAUGCAGCUUUGCUGCACACACUGGAGAACGGUGUAGGUUAUUGCACUGAUACGAUGUCCUCGCGGAAUCGUGAGUAUGUGCUGAACCGGUUUGCUACAGGAAAGCUCCAGGUGUUGAUCGUCCCUCAGUCCAUGGCGUGGGAGCUGCAAAGUGCGCAGACCAGUGCGUUCAUGGUGGUGAUUAUGGGCACGCAGUUCUACGACGGCCGAGAGCACCGCUAUGUGGACUACCAACUCGCUGACGUGUUUCAGAUGACCAAGUUCGCUAACCACGCUGCGUCUCCUGCUGUUAAGUGUGUACUGUUCUGCCACGCUUCCAAGAAGAAAUUCUACGCCAAGUUCCUGUACGAUCCGCUGCCGGUGGAGUCGCAGCUUGAGCACUUCCUGAGCGAUCACAUCAACGCUGAGAUUGUGACGAAGACUAUCGAAAGCAAGCAGGACGCGGUGGAUUAUCUCACCUGGACGUUCAUGUACCGACGCUUCAUGAAGAACCCGAACUACUACAACUUGCAAGGUGCUACGAACGUGCAUCUAUCAGACCACUUGUCCGAAUUGGUGGAGACUACUGUGAAUGCGUUAGAAGAGUCGCGUUGUAUUCAGGUGGUUGAAGAGGAAGAAGACGAAGAGAACGAAGGGGAGGAACGUCUGGUACCGCUAAAUCUGGGCAUGAUCGCUGCAUACUACUACAUUAAGUACACGACGAUCGAGCUGUUUGCAUGCAGUCUAAAGGCAGACUCGAAGGUACGCGCGCUUCUGACGAUUCUGUCCUCUGCUACCGAGUUCAGCGAUCUGCCGAGUCGAUAUGGCGAAGACAAGAAGCUGGAGGGACUUGCCAAGCACCUCAAGUUCCCGGUGGCUGCUGGAGGAGACUAUGGACAGCCACACGUGAAGACGAAUGUGCUACUGCAGGUUCAUUUCAGCAAGCAGCACGACCGUCUGAGUCCGGCGCUCCGUCAGGAUCUCGACUAUAUUCUACGGCACGCUGUGCGUCUGUUGCACGCUAUGGUGGAUGUGAUUAGUUCCAAUGGCUGGCUGAAGCCUGCGUUGGCUGCGAUGGACCUGGCGCAAAUGGUUGUCCAGGCCCAGUGGAGCAGCGAGUCGCCAUUGCUGCAGAUCCCGUUCUUCACGAAGGAUAUGCUCAAGAAAUUGGGUGAGAUGGAACUGGAUGAAGAAGUGGAGACUCCGGUGGACAUUUUGAGUAUGGAAGACGACGCUCGCAGCAAGUUGUUGCCUCUGGACACGCAGAAGAUGUCGGCUGUGGCUAAGUUCUGUAACGCUUUCCCAGAUGUGACAGUGCAGACGAAGGUGCAGCAGGACGGCAAGGAUUUACCCCAGGGCUCGGCUGUGAGUGUCAAGGUGCAACUAGAGCGUGAAGGUGCUGAUGAAGACGAGGAAGAGGAUGAGGACAAGGAAUUGGGUCUUGUAAACGCUUGCCACUACCCUGUCAAGAAGGCCGAGAACUGGUGGGUUGUUCUGGGUGACGCGAAGAAGAACACGCUGCUGAGUAUCAAGCGCGUGCCGUUCGCGAGUGCUCGAGCCAAUGUGACGCUGCAGUUCGCCGCUCCGGACGAGCUGGGAGCUCACACUUUCCAGCUUUACGUCAUCUGCGACGGCUACGCUGGCUGUGACCUGGAGAACGAGGUCAAAAUUACUGUUGUUCAGGGCGAAGAUACGGACGAAGAGGAAGACGAGGAAUAAGGCAAUAAAACAUGACGUAUCAUCACUUUAUAUCUGUUGCAGGUGUACUCCAAAACCCAAGGUUGGUGGCACAACGGGUUUUAAUGUUUCUUUUUUCUCACGUUGUGUAAGUUAUCCAAGACUAGAAAGCAUUAUGGUGCGAGUGUGGUUUCAGUUGGUGGGCAGAUUUGGAAGGUCCCUGGGAUUGCUGGGUUGUCUACAGUUUCCAGGCAAUAGCAACUAUAUGCACGUUGCUGAUGUUUAAGAUGCGCUAGUAACACGCAGCAGUUAUUACCUCAAAGGUGUAGUUCCCAACGAUGUUAUUGAGUGUACAAGGAUCUGGAGAAGAUGGCGGACAAACUCAUCUCAAAAGGGUUGACUUUAUUGGCGAGUACGGCAAAAAUGUAGCGAUAACGCUUGUCGUGGAGGUUCCAAAGGUCUGGUUUCGAUUGGUGGAUUACUUAGGCGCUCCGUUUGACGAACGACCUCAAUUUGGGGAACAUGAAUCGAGCUAAGAACGAGGUCAUGCAUGACGCUAGCUUCUUGGUGGUAAAGUUCCUGUGGAGUGCAAGAACUAUCGAAAGCAGUCUAUUUAGCUCGACCAUACAAAAAAUAUUCUUUCUGGAGUUCAAGACCACCCGAAUCAGGAACCGGUUGUUGUUCGUCUGGUCAUGACUACGAAGAUUGACGAAAAGAAUUUCGAUAACUCUCCGUUUCACGAGGACUAUAGGGGGGCUUCAUGGGAUGCCUGAUGAGUUUCGCCUUGCUCAUUUCUAUCGCAUUGGCAUUCACAAUGGCACUUCGACCAAUAUCGGGAAAAAUGGCGUUACGACCAAUUACCCAUUAAAGGCAUAAAGAACCAAUGCCGCGGUAAGAAUUGCAAGAAUCGGGGAAAACGUACGCGCGUGGACAAGAUAGUUAUCCUUUUGGAGCGGUGGGAGUCAGACGAUGAGUAGUUCUUCUGUUGCAAGCUUGGCCUCUCGAACACAAAUAGGAUACUACAGUAAUCGCUCAUCAACCAACAUAAAACAUCGACGUAUCAUUCACUU